AAACAUUAUGAAUUGGUGCUCUAUAAAGAAUGAUUGAUAAACCAGUAGAACUUGGCAGGAGGUCUGGAGUUAUCAAAGCAGGACAGGCUAUUGUAUAAACCUUUGAACCUGUGUCAUAGUAUAAUUACACCAGAAACAACAUGCAUAACCCACCACAAGAGGGCGCAGGUGUGUCAGCUUUAGUCGAUGACCCUUCAUGCAGACUGUCUUAAAACUCCACACAAAGGAACUUGAUGAUUGACUUGUGUGACUGGAGCUGUUGAAGGCUCACAUGAAUAAGCACAGUCAAAGUUUGAUGGUUGACCUUCCGUUAGCUGCGUGAAUCUCACAAAGAAAUAUCAAUGGAUACAUUAGCUUUAUUUAUCGUCUCUGUGUCUUUUACAGGUUUAACUAGUGGAGUUGGUUUGUUGCCAGAUGGUCCUCUGAAUGGAGCUGUUGGAGGGACAGUGAUGUUUACCACAGUGAAUCCACCAGAGAGUCCAUUUGUAUCAACUAACUGGAGGUUUGGGGACAAACAAAUAAUCGUUUCAAAUAUUCAAAACAACACUUUUCCUGAAUAUGAGGGAAGAAUCACCUUCUUCCCCUCUACUGGAUCUCUGGAGCUCAGGAGUCUGUCUCUCAAUGACAGUGGAGAAUACAUAGUCAGGAUUAUAACUACGAGUGAGUUUGAAGGCAGAACCACACUGAGAGUUUAUGAGAGAAUAUCAGAUCCUUUCAUCACACAAUCACCAAAGGAGGCAAUAGAGGGGAACUCUGUCAACUUAACCUGUGAUGCUGCUGGCUCCGUGUUUACCAGAAAGUGGAUGAAGGAUGGAUCUGAUCUAACUCAAGCUGACAUUAUACUUUACGAUAACAACAGAGUUCUGUCUUUUCAACGUCUAAAAAAAACAGACAGAGGAGAAUAUUCCUGUAAUAUCAGCAACCCCAUCAACUCCAUGGAAGCUAAACACGUCUUGGUUGUGAACUACGGACCAGAACACUCAAAUCAAAGGCCAGCAUCACAUAUCUUUGGGAGACACCUUCACAUUAACCUGUGAGGCCGAGUCUGAACCACCUGCAAACUUCACCUGGUUACUGAAUGGGACAGAGAUACUCAAUUCUCCUGAGUACACUAAAAAGAACGCUGAAGCGUCCGACAGUGGAAACUACAUCUGUCAAGCAAAGAA